GUAAGAUAUCAGUUAAUCUAUCCUUCCCCAAAGUAAACGUCUUAGAAGAAAGAAAGAGUUAGUUCUGCAGGGUGUUCUGUAGAAAGACAUUUUCAAAACAAGCUCCCAUUUUCUGAAAAGUAGCCAUUUAUUUCACGGUAGACCUACACGCAAAACAGUGGUCACCCAGCUCAAUGACUGACUCAGAAUGGAGAAAAGGACAAAGCAAGAAGCCAAAAACCUAUCACUUCCACAUAGAGGGAGGAGAACUGUCAUGUCGAACAUGCCACGACGGAAUCCAUGCAUUGUGAAGACACCUUGUGGUCCUCCAUCUUCCUCCCUUCCUCUUGAGGAUGACCCACAGAUGCUCAAUUGGGUUCAAGGCUGGUGACACACUUUAUCACUCCAUCACCUUCACCUUCGGCUUCCACGGCAUUUGUCAUCUUGGAGGGGAGCAGAGUGAGUGGCAGACAGGAAGUGAUGUCGGGGAUUCAGAGUGGAGUUUCAUCCGGCUGUGAGUACCGACGGUCCUGCUUGUUGGUACUAUAACAGCCAGCUGAGCUCCAUUGGUCCACAACGGCUGACCGCGCCCUCAACCCAGCUGAGCUACCUCGCCAACUAUUAGCAUCAAGUGUCAGGGGAGAGGCGGCCCCCGAUGCUGAGGCUGAUGAUGAGGAUGGGGAGGAGGAUGCUGCGGAGGAGAGGAAGCAUCUUUGUCUGCACGGAGCGGCUCAGGGCUUCCCUUGCUCUCGCCUUCCUCCACACAUAGAGCAGAUAAGAAAUAACGCUAUGCCAGUCUGAAGAUUAACAUCACGUUUUUUUUCCAUGUCUGCUGCUUUUAUCUCAUCUUGAUACAGGAUUUUUCUUCUUUUGUGCUCAGUUUGGCUGGCCGGAAUACAAAAAGAAAAACAAAAAACCUCGCUUAUGUGUCGGAUCGCCGGAUGAUGCACAGGCUGUUGUGUGGCUGAGAAGGCAAGGCGCUGCACCUAGGCUUGGUGCCUAGUUGACACAUGGAGUAGUGACUGGAGCCGUGCUGGAUGGAGGCCAAGACACUGGAUGGCGAAGACGAGGAAGCACACAGUCUUGUGGAUCGCUUGUGAUGUUUGUUCUCUUUCUGUCACGUGUGGAACGAUGGCACAGAGAAUCCGGAUAGACAGUCAAGGCUAAAGAAACAUUUGUGAAGAGAAUCUCGGUUUUGUUUCUAAGAGAUUGUAGGGCUCGGGUAGACACAACGCUCCAAUUCCUUCGUGUUAUUGUGUUGGAUUGGCAAGCAGACCACCAUGGCCAGGUAUCAUAACAAAGCCUCCUGGUUAUUGUUGUUCGUUCAUCUGGUGCUAACAGGAAUAGCAUUGGAAUAUGAAGGUGUUCCUGGUCAGUGGACUCGCUAUGGACAAUGGGAUGCAAAAACAACAGGAGAACUCAGCUUCAUUCUCAAUACCAACAUCAGCAAAGCUCUGGUGCUUUACCUGGACGAUGGCGGCGACUGUGACUUCCUAGAACUGCUCAUAUUGGAUGGGAGACUCAAUUUGCGCUUCGCAAUCCACUGUGCAGAGCCAGCAUCCCUGCACACGGAAACACGCGUCAACGACCUGCGCUGGCACCGGGUGAUCCUCUCGCGGAAUUACCGAGAGACCAAGCUAACAGUGGACAAUGAAGAGAAGGCGGCGGAGGUCAAGUCCAAGAGGAAAGAGAUGGUCGUGGCCAGUGACCUCUACGUGGGCGGGAUCUCGCCUGAUGUGCGCCUCUCCGCCCUAACAUCCAGCAACGUAAAGUACGAGCCGCCUUUUCAGGGCCUCAUCGCAAAUCUGAAAGUAGGGGAGGCCCUGCCGUUGCUUUUGGACGGCCAAGCUGUCCACAGCGACUUGGACUACAUAUGUGCCGCACACCCGCCCUGCAGCAAUGGAGGACUGUGCUCCGUCAGCCAGGGCGAGGUCCUCUGUGACUGCAUCAACACCAGCUACGUGGGAAGCUACUGCCAUGAAGCAGGUGUCCAGAAAGAAGUAGAAGGUCUGGCGCACCUGAUGUUAAAUCGCCAAGUUUUACGUCCAGGGCAAGGGGAGUCAUUGGCCACCUUUAAAGGAAACGAGUACUUCAGCUACAACCUGUCCCAGACGCCCAUUCAGAGCAGCUUGGAUGAGAUCACAUUGUCCUUCCGCACCCUGCAGAGGAACGGCCUGUUGCUUCAUACAGGGAAGUCGGGUGAUUAUGUCAACCUGUCCCUGAGGGAUGGCGCUCUGUGGCUGGUAAUCAACCUGGGCUCUGGUGCCUUCGAGGCCCUGGUGGAACCAGCCAGCGGAAAGUUCAACGAUGAGGUCUGGCAUGACGUUCGAGUGACCCGCAACCUCAGACAGGUCACCAUCUUGGUGGACGGGAUACUGACCACCACAGGUUACACCCAAGAGGACUACACCAUGUUGGGCUCGGACGACCUCUUUUACAUCGGAGGGAGCUUGAACACAGCAGACCUGCCGGGCUCGCCGGUCAGCAACAACUUCAUGGGAUGCCUCAAAGAUGUGGUCUACAAGAAUAAUGAAUUCCGACUGGAGCUGUCACGGCUGGCUGAGCAGCGGGACCCAAAAAUAAGUAUCCAUGGCGACUUGACGUUCAGCUGCGAGAGCGUGGAGGCCCUGGAGCCGGUCACCUUUGACACGCCGUCUGCCUACCUGACACUGCCCAGGUGGAACACAAAGAAGACAGGCACCAUAUCGCUGGACUUCCGCACCACAGAGCCCAGCGGUUUGCUGCUGUUCAGCCACGGCAGCCUGCUGGGGGCGCUGCCUGAGAGCACGCCCAGGGCCGACUUCUUCGCCAUGGAGCUGAUGGAUGGCUUUCUCUACCUGGUCAUGGAUAUGGGCUCUGGCAGCAUCAAGAUGAAAGCCAGCAACAAGAGGCUGGAUGAUGGCGAGUGGUGCCACGUGGACUUCCAGAGAAAAGGGCGCAAUGGCUUUAUUUCAGUGAACAGCAAGAGCAUCCCGUUUGCUACAAAUGAAGGCAGCGAGAUCCUUGACCUGGAUGGUGACAUGUACCUCGGGGGUCUACCGGACGACCGCCAAGGCCUCAUGCUCCCUCCUGAGGUGUGGACUGCCACCCUGGGCCUCGGCUACGUGGGCUGCGUGCGGGAUCUCUUUAUUGACGGCCAGAGCCGCAACCUGUGGAGGCUGGCCGAGGUUCAGGGCACCACAGGUGUCAGCAGCUUAUGUACCAGGGAGACUCACGUCAGGUGUGGCCGAGACACGUGCGCUAACGGCGGCCACUGCAGAGAGGGCUGGAACCGCCAUGUUUGUGACUGUAAUGGCACCGGCUACCUGGGGCCCAACUGUGAGAAAGACGCCACAGUGGUGAGCUACGACGGUAGCAUGUACCUGAAGGUGAUGCUGCCCAGGUCGCUGCACACAGAGGCCGAGGACGUGUCCCUGCGUUUCAUGUCCCACAGGGCCUUUGGGCUGCUGAUGGCCACCACGUCUCAGCAGUCAGCAGACACCCUGCGCGUGGAGCUGGACGCAGGCCGACUCAAGCUGACGGUCAACUUGGAUUGUAUCAGGAUAGACUGUAAUCUCAGCAAAGGACCUGAGGUACUCCUGCUGGGCGACAAGCUGAAUGACAAUGAGUGGCACUCAGUGAAGGUGGUGCGGCGGGGGAAACAUUUGCAUCUCUCCGUGGACAAUGCCACCACAGAAGGCUUCAUGAGUGGUGCCCACACUCGCUUGGAGUUCAACAACAUCGAGACAGGGAUCAUGACAGAGCGCCGCUUCACCUCAGUCAUCCCUUCUAACUUCAUCGGCCACCUGCAGGCCCUCUCCUUUAACGGGAUGCUCUACCUGGACCAGUGCAAGAACGGAGACAUUUCAUACUGCGAGCUGAACGCGCGAUUCGGCAUGAGACACAUCGUAGCCAAUCCUGUGGCCUUCGUGACCCAAGCCAGCUAUCUGGCAUUCUCCACCUUGCAGGCCUACGCAUCCAUGCACCUUUUCUUCCAGUUCAAGACUACCAGCCCUGAUGGCCUCAUACUGUACAACUCUGGAGAUGGUAGCGACUUCAUUGUGGUGGAGCUGGUCAAAGGGUUCAUCCAUUACGUUUUUGACUUGGGAAAUGGACCAUCGCUGAUGAAGGGAAACUCCGACAAGCCACUCAAUGACAACCAGUGGCACAACGUGGUCAUCUCCCGUGACAACAACAACGUACACACACUAAAGAUCGAUGUCCACACCGUCACCCAACACGCCAAUGGUGCCCGCAACCUUGAUUUAAAAGGAGAGCUGUACAUUGGAGGUGUGGGGAAGAGCAUGUACAGCAGCUUGCCUCGACUGAUAGCAUCACGAGAGGGGUACAAGGGCUGCCUGGCAUCAGUGGACUUGAACGGGAGACUCCCUGACCUGCUGGCAGACGCCCUUCAGAAGGUGGGCGAAGUGGAUCGCGGCUGUGGAGGUCCCAGCACCACCUGCACUGAGGACUCCUGCCACCAUCAGGGAGUGUGCCUGCAGCUGUGGGAGGGCUUCUCCUGUGACUGCACCAUGACGACCUACGGGGGGCCGUUCUGCAGUGACCCGGGAACCACAUACAUCUUUGGGAAAGGAGGCGCUCUCAUCACGUUCACCUGGGCCCCCAAUGAGCGGCCGAGCACCCGAGCCGACCGGUUGGCCGUGGGCUUCAGCAGUCUGCAGAGGGACGCCAUCUUGGUACGGGUGGAGAGCACCCACGGGCUCGGAGACUAUCUUCAGCUGCACAUAGAUGAAGGCAAAAUUGGCGUCAUCUUCAAUGUAGGCACAGAUGACAUCACCAUUGACGAGCCAGCUGUCAUAGUCAAUGACGGCAAGUACCACGUUGUACGCUUCACACGCAGCGGGGGCAACGCCACCCUCCAGGUGGAUAACCAUCCGGUCAUUGAACGCUACCCUCCAGGACACUUUGAUAAUGAACGACUGGCUAUUGCUAGGCAAAGAAUCCCGUACCGACUCGGUCGGGUAGUUGACGAGUGGCUACUCGAUAAAGGGAGACAGCUGACCAUCUUUAACAGCCAAGCCGCCAUUAAAAUUGGCGGCCAGGACAAGGGUCGGCCCUUCCAGGGUCAGAUCUCCGGCCUGUACUACAACGGGCUGCAGGUGCUCAAACUGGCGGCUGAGAACGACCCCAGCGUGGAAGUGGAGGGCAACCUUCGUCUGGUGGGCGAUGCGCUCUCCGUGUUGACCACCGACACCACGUCCGCCACACCGUUGGCGGUCUCCGACAUGUCCACCACCAUCAUGGAGACCACCACAACAAUGGCGACCACCACCACCCGUAGGCAGCGGUCACCCAGCUUGAGGGAGAGCAUCUCUAAGCCUCAAAACUCCGAUGAUAUUCUGGUGGCAUCAGCCGAGUGUCCAAGUGAUGAUGAAGACCUGGAAGAAUGUGAACCAGGAACAGGAGGUGAAUUAGUGUUGCCUAUUAUAACAGUGGAUUCCCUUGAGCCCCCAUCCAUCGCCACCCGUUACCCUGUCAUCCCUCCUCCCCCUACCCUCCUGUCCCCCUUCGAAACCACCAAAGAGUCCAUGAUACUACCCCCUCACCCCUCCUGCCCCCCGGACCAGGAGGACUGUGGCGAGCCGGUGGAGGUCUCGGCCUUCGGCUCCGGGGAGAUGACGGAAUCAGAUGACGAGGACUUUUACAAUAAUAACAACUCCCCUUUGGUCACUGACAGGACAGUCCUUCCGCCACCUCCCUCCGCAGGUGAGGGAGGCGUCCAGAAACCCCGCCCCUUACCCCCUUAUGUUCCCACCACCAACCCUGACCAGCUCCACAUCCCCGCAGGCAAAAUGAACACCCGUGACCAGGUGCUUCUGCCCCCUGCUCCCCCAUCCUCCCGAAACACACCGGGACUAACUUACCCCCCCAAUUUUCCCCAUGUGCCCACAGCCGACCCCACAGCCUCCGACGAAAAGAGCCAACCGGGCGCCGUGGAGGUGAUCAGGGAGUCGAGUAGCACCACGGGGAUGGUGGUUGGUAUCGUGGCUGCUGCUGCUCUCUGCAUUCUAAUCCUCCUCUAUGCCAUGUACAAGUACCGCAACCGGGACGAGGGCUCCUACCCAGCAGACCAGAGCCACAAUUUUGCCAACAAUUUUGCGGUGGAAGGCAACGGCACGGUGGUCAAAGACAAAAGCACAGCAACGGCCUCUGUGGCCAAGGCAAUCACAAAGGGCAAAAAGAACAAGGACAAAGAAUAUUACGUAUGAAUAGGCGGGCGAGGACUGAGAGGAUAAGAGGGUACUCCACUUUCAACUCACAUGUAUUUCGUUUUUUUUUUUAUUCUGGUUGACCAUCAAAGACAUUUCACAGGUCACUUAAGGCAACCGUGCAAUGUAGGCUGCAGCUCACACUAACAUUUCCCUCACAGCUCCACUAAUGCUCUCAUUCGGCAUCCAACUCUUGCUAGUACAUCAUUUUUAUGUGUUAACAAGCUAGACGGAGACAUAUAUCUGGUGGUGCUGUCUGUACUAGUAUGCAGUAGCAGAUAUGACGCCAUGAAAGGAAGCGAGCUAGAUUUGCCUUAGUGUUUUGUCAACUGUCUUAAGUCUUAAUAUCCCCCAUUAUCAUACAGCGGAAAGUGAACACAGCCCUGUUAAAAUAGCACUUUUAUUUUUUAUAUUGGCAAUAUGCGUGAAAAAUCAGAAUGGCACAUUUUGAUUUGACAAAAGUGCUCCUAAUCUUUUAGAUCAGUGGUUGUCAACUGGUUUGGCUGUGGGACCAACCAACAGCCACAAUGACGAGCAAUGAUCCAAAUUGCAGAGAUUUUGUUAAACUCAUUUUUAACUUAUUUUGAAGAGGCAAGAAUCAUUACAUUACAAUUAAUUUUAUUUGUUUCUAAGGCAAGGCUCUGUGAGCCACUUUUGGGUCUUGGCCCACCGGUUGAGAAUCCUGUUGUAGAUGACGCCAGCAUGUCUUGUGCACAGGUCAUCCUAUUGGAUUUAGGUCUGAGCUUUGGUUUUAAUUUUCUUUAAAAACGUGACAUUCCUCUUCAGCUUCAGCUUUGCAGUACAAUUCUGAGAAGUGAACAUAUAGUAAUUAUAUACUACUCAACUGAUUUGGUUUUUGCUAGCAAUUGGCCUUGACCUUAAGGAGGUAACAAGGUGAAAAAUCUAUUUGCGGCAAACCACAUUGAGUCGUAUGUCAAAUUAAAGCUUUCUAGAUAUGCAGUCACUUUGGAGCUUUGGAGCUUUUUACGUGUUAUCAUGUUUAGGACAAGAAUCAGGUCUGCCCCUGGCCAAACUGGGGCCCAAAGCAGAAUUUUAGUUUUUUUCUCUCCUGCCUUGGGCUGGCUAGACGCUCGAUGCCUCACGGCAGAGAUGCACAUGCUUUAUACAUUUGCCAAGAAUACACCUCCUCGUCCCCAGUGCAAUAUUCUGCGUGUUGAAGGAGUGGCCCAAAUCAAAUGUCAACUUAGAUUUUGGAUCAUUUUCAUCACAUGGUCUCCAAACUUGCUGGACAUAUGGUAACUAGAUAGCUCAUCUGAUUUAUUUUGGCCUUAAAGAGGACCUAUUAUACUCAUUUUCAGGACUAUGUAUUGAGUUAUGGACUCCUGUAGAGCAGCUACACACAAUAACCCACACAGAAAGCUUUCUAGACCUUCCAGACUCUGCGCCUCUGCCUCUGCAUUUUCUUGGAUUUCCUGCCUCCCUCCCAAACGGUCUGUGUAGUUUACUCCAACCCGGGCCCUCAUUCGAGCCCACUCCGCUGUGAUUGGUCACACUUCUGGAACAGUAGGCCCCCGUCUACCCCGAGUGCAGGCAAUCUGCAGCCCAUAUAAGGAAGUCCUGGUUCAGUAGAACUCUGCGUCAAAUGCAGAGCCUUCCAAAACUAAUUUCAGGGCUCACUUCCAAAUUUGCAAAUCUUAUUAUCUGAAGCUUUGGCAUGGUGUAACACAGGAAUACAACAUUGUAACAAUAUUUAGAUGCCAGAAAAGAGGAAAAACAUAAUGGGUCCCCUUUAAGGAGUUGCCUAUGUUUAACGUUUAUCAAUAACUAAACAAAAAUGUACUUAAGGCAACCCACGUCGAAUGAUACCUCAAAUGAAAACCCUUGACGAGGGCUUUUCAAAUCUGUAAUUAUUAUGUCAAUAUGCCCUCAUAUGAUGACUCGCUUAGUAAACUCACUCACUUUUUCUACAUGAAAGAAACCUGGUAUUAUAACAGGAGUGUGUUCACUUUCUAUAUCCACUGUAAUGAAGCAGAACAGUCACAGUUGCUGACUUUCUGGCGUAGAAGAGCAAAGGACACCGCAUUUGUGACCAGACUCCAAAAAAGGGAAGCCUUUUAUUAAAAAAGACAUCAUCCGACAUCUUCAGCCUCCAUGUUGCAUAAUGUGUGUCUAAAGCCCUCCCCAGCCUGCCCUGCCUCUGUCCGCAAGAGAUGAUACUUGGAUGAAAAAUAGAGGAUUUUUUUUAAAAAAGGAAGUGAACAUGCACUCUGGCUGGUGAGCCGUACACUACGAAGGAUGGAAACCAUUUAUUUGUGUGUGGUCGAUGUCGCGUUUCAUUCCAAUUAGGGGUAAAUGUGGCAGGUAUAUCUCUGUAAACAUUGCUUGUAUGUAUAUAUAGAGCCUAACACACUCAAGAGGAGUCGCGGAUGCAAAGGUAUGGAGAAGAAUCAGCAUCCGAGAUGCUUCCCCCCCACCCCCGUUCCCUCACAGCUUUCAUAAAACGAUGUGGCCCACAAAUUCGGGGCUGCGUGGGAGAACAUUUUCCCAUCCUGGCUUAUCGGAAAGUGACAGUGAAGCCAGCUCACUCUCCACCUUCCUUAAAAAAACUGUCAAGAGAUGAUCCAAAAGCACACAGGAAAUGUAAACAUAUCGUGGAGACAUAGAUAUUCCUUGUAAAGCAGCCAAACAUGUAUUGUUUUCUUUUCUAUCAGUGACUUCAAGACUAUUCCAUGAGAUAAAUAAUGAAAUGUGUGAACUGUAUUGAUAUUUCUCUGAUAUUUCGAUGUACCUUGUCACUGCUCCUCCUAACACGUUCCAUCUUAGAUUGCCUUUGACUCAGACAAAAAGCACACUCUCCUCUGAUAGCUGCAAACAUCUCAUGUCCCUGCAUUAUUCAUGGCUUCGAUUAAGCUGAGAAAACACAAGGAUGGGACAAACAGAUGUUUUUUGGGGGGGUUUUGUUUUAUUGCAUUGUGCAUUUUAUAUGUGCUGAAUCUGUUACUCAAUGGAUCGAAUAAUAUAAAGCCAUCUCCUCUGUUGGGUUCUGUCUACACUGACUUAUUAUUCAUGCUCUGUGGUUACCUGUUACUUUUUUAUGAAAAGUGCCAUUCGACGUGAGCUGCUCUGUGCUCUGAAGAUACUCCAUUCCUCACUCAUUGCUAUUGUAUAGUGUUCAUGUGAAAUGGGUCUCAAUAUGUGUACAGAACGUGCAUAAAGAUACAAAAAAAAUACACUUGAUGAUAUACUUUGUACACACUUGUGUUACGUGUGCUGCUUCUUGGACAAAAUGCGCUUGUCAUUGAUGGUAAUGUUAUUUUCUUUUUAGUUAUUUAUUUCAAACAUGGGCUGCACGGCGGAGGAGUGGUUAGCACGCAGGCCACACAGCUAGGAGACCUGAGUUUGAUUCCACCCUCGGGCAUCUCUGUGUGGAGUUUGCAUGUUCUCCCAGUGCAUGCGUGGGUUUUCUCCGGGUACUCUGGUUUCCUCCCACAUUCCAAAAACAUGCUAGGUUAAUUGGCCACUCCAUAGGUAUGAAUGUGAGUGUGAAUGGUUGUUUGUCUAUAUGUGCCCUGUGAUUGGCUGGCGACCAGUCCAGGGUGUACCCCGCCUCUCGCCCCAAGAGGGCUGGGAUAGGCUCCAGCACCCCCGCGACCCUCGUGAGGAUAAGCGGUAAAAAAUGAAUGAAUGAAGAAAUACAGAAACAUUGAAUAAUGUAUACAGGAUAUAGCAGUAGACUAAGCAAUAACUUGUGUAAUAAUGAUAAAUGAAUGAAAUUGGGAUGCAUUAAUGAAUGCAUAGCCCUUCAAAGAACUAAAACAUAUGAUUUAGGAGUGGAAUAUCUGAAGCAAUUAUGGUUUUAAUUAAAGCAUAAAUCAUGUGACCACUACAUAGUACAUCAUGCGUGCUAAAAGGUUCCACUCUCUCUACAAGCAGGAUAAAUCCAUUCAAUGAAUUCCCACUAGUCAUCUUCCAGCGUCCUCACAGUUUGGCAGCAAGGCGUUAAACACAGAAGAACAGCAUUUCACACAAGUUGCAGGUCAUGAUAUCUUUCACAAAUGUCUCUUACACUUGAGUUUCAUCAUCAUCCUCUCUCGCUCUUUUCCUCCUCCUCCUCCUCCCCUCUGCUUCAGGCGACGCCUCAGUCUGCCUGGUUAAUGCUGUGAUGUCCAAUAUUUAUUAUACGAUUGAAAAGCUGUAGUGGAGUUUUUUGUUGUCCCUAAUGCAAGCACAAAACAGAAAAUAGAUGGAAAAAUGCAUAUUUAAAUAAUAUAUUAUUAAUAUAUUAUCAUCUUAAAACAGCUGGGAUAAGCUCCAGCAUACCCCUGUGAUCCUGGUGAGGAUAAGUGUCAUUGAAAAUGGAUGGAUGGAUGCAUGAUCAAAAUAUAUUGCAUAAUAUAUGAUGGCUACAUUCUACAUGUAACAAAGUACAUAUCAUACAAUAAUGUCUGUUGGAUCUAUGAAUCCUAGAUAUGAUGUAGAAUUCUGACACAUCUACAUUACACACUGCAUGAGAAAAACAUCUAAACCGUCAAAAGUAGAGUAAUAAUUAAUUCAUCCUGUCUUCUGUCAUUCUUAUAUGGAAGCCUGCUAUAUGAGUUUCACCUCCUGUGAGGGGUGGUGUUCAUCUUUGUGUUCAGCAGCAGUGAUGGCUUUGGUGUUGUUGGACUACCCCCUGCUGAAAAAAACAAAGAACUGUAGGCUGGAGAGUCAUCUUAUUAGCUCCAAAAAUGAGCUUGUUUUCUGAACUGUUUAUUAUUUUUUAGCAAAGGCAAGCAUGGAACUCUGAUGGAUUGUUUGUUUGUCUUAUUUAAAAUCUCACCCGUGGCCCUGUAAAGUCAUUUUGCACCAUGGCAAUUUUACUUCCAAUUUUGUAAGUAAAUUUAAGUAGAAAGCGUUGAAUAACAGCACCAUUUGUCCAAAAAACAAUAACACAGAUAAUACCAAA